UCAUUUCAUACGUUAUUAUUAAGUAUACACUAUUUAACUUAUUUUUUUUACUAAUAAAUGCAUUUUAUUCGACUGUCAUUGCGACGGGGCGGUCGACGCUCGGACUCAUUCGGGCACACUCGGGCCCACUCGUGUCGUUUCAAUGCGAGCCGCUAGGGCUGUGACUAUAGUAAAUAGUGCGCUGUUUUUAUGUGCAAUUUUGUUAGUGUAUGACGCGACUAUUUUGAUGACGACGACUUUUGUGACGCAUUAAAAGCGAACCUAUUGAAAUAAUCGUUUAAUUUUAAAGCUUUAUGGUUGUUUUUAAUUUUAUUUUACAAUUUCGUUCUUUGAAGGACGCAGACACUGAGACAAAGAGAAUUAUAAUAUAUAUGCAAAUGAGAGAGAUGCAAUGGGUUUAUGUUUUUUUUCUUAUGAAAAGCAUAAAUUGCACAAAUGAAAACCCAAUUGGAGUAUAAUUAAACAUAAAAGCUAUCUUAUUUUUUUUUUCACCGCUCAAUUUAUUAGGUACUUUAUUUCAUAGCUCAAAUAUUUCGAAGUAAAUGCAGGCGAUUUAUAAUUUUUAACUUGUUGAUUGUUCUAUUAAAAUCACAAAUACCAUUUUUAGACGAUAUAAAACGUUUAUUUAGUAGCUUCUGAUAUUAGUGUGAUCAAACAAAUUCCUCAGCUUUAUAGAUUUAUCAGGUAUAAUUCUUAUAAAAAUCUAGGUGAAACCACAAUCGUAAGUGGAAACCCGAACACUGCUUGUCACUAUUUGUCAGUGUCACUCGACAGUUACAAAAUGAGAUUUUUGUUUACUAAAAUCGUAUUCUGCCGGUAUAAUAAUUAAAGUUUUAAAAUUAUUACUUUUUAAAAAUGGAUUUCACACCAGAAUUAUCAGCAUUUCAAGGUGUAAUUUUAUCGGCUGAUAAUGUUUACCCGUUUUCGAAACUCACUGAGAAAGGAGGAAAUGAAGAAAAAAUUACCUUUAUUAUUAAGAAUAUAUUGAAAUUUUUACAUGACAGAAAAUUUAUUGAUGAGGGUCUAAUAGAAAAAAUGAUACCACAAAUGCGAAAAUUUUCUUUGUACAUCAUUUUAAACGCGAAUUUACAAAUAUUAGACGAGUUGGUUAAUAAAGAAGAAAUAGAUUUGGUGAUUUGGACCAUUCCUACAAUACCCAAGUUACUAAUGUGCGAAUUCAUCUAUAACUUACAUAUGGAGCAAUUUCUGUAUGAGGUUAUUGCGUUUAGUUAUCCGCCACUCGGUAUGGAGGUCGCGGCGGCUUUCCUUGACCAUUUUAAAUAUUUCUCUCCAACAAAUUGUUUAGAUCAAUUGCAGAAAAUAUCAGUAGCUUCCUAUACUCUCAUUUGUAGACUACACUUAUUUAAUUUUGGAGAAAAUUAUUCAAAGAAUUUGACUAUUGCCAGCAGCAAUUUUCAACAAAGUGUCAAAUAUUUUACUGAUCCCCCAAACAGUGAAAAAUUAAGUACCCUUCGAAAAAAUGAUUUAUAUGAAUAUAAAGGUAGAUGUCUUACUUCUGCACUUCUGUUUGUUUAUGAAUGUUUAAGCCACUUCACUAGUAAACAUGGAAAUAAAUCAAACACUAUUGAUGAUUUGUACCAGCUGACAUAUCCUCAAGGAACUAUCAAAGAAGAUAUUACAGUUUAUAAUGUGAGUGACGCCUCUAAAGAAAUAUUAGAUCUCUUGAAUGAAUGUAAUGAAAUAAUGCUGGAUGCAUGCAAGCAACUUGUGAUGGAUGUUAGUGUUGAUAUUUUUUGUGCCUGGAGCGAAUUUGAAGAGAAUGGUAAAACUAUGCAGCAAUCAAUAGGAGAACUGUGCCAUAAGCUGCGGAUGAAACUGUUGAACAUUGAAAGCGUUUGUGAGAAUCCUUUAGUCAGUAUGAUCCAACAAAUAGCUAGAAAACCUGCUGAUAUAAAAGACUUGAUCAAUUCUACUGAUGUUGCAACUAUUAAAGAUAAAAUAAACAAUAAUAAUAAUGAGGAAUACAAAUUAUGGCUCCAAGCAUUAAUUAAUAGAGACCAGCUGUGCAACCACAUUGAAUUACUGGAUAUCAUAAAUUCAAAUCUAGAAAUUUAUAAUGAAGAGGAAUGUCAUAAAUUAUAUGAAGUUUUGAAAGGUAGCUCAGAAAAUAAAGAUUACACAGAACUGUUGGCUGUCAAAGUGUUUCAGAGGUGCAAUGUCACAGUAAAAUAUGAACUACUUGAUAAACAAUUUAGCAAGAACUGUUUUUAUGACAUGCAAACAUCAACAGAAUUCAACCAAAUGCUGAUUGAAAGAUUCAACAAACUUGUAAUUCAACCAGAUGCAGACCUCUCUGAUGUCUUAACAUUGUUUCUUCAAAGUCCGAGACAAGUUUACUCUAAACUCUUUAAUUUGGCUCUUGAAAAUCCACAACAAACAGACAUCAUGUUAAAAGUUGUGAAAUUACUUGAGAAAUAUUCAAAUCACUAUUAUGAGACUGAAAUGGAACCUUGCAUUAUAAAAGUUACACAAUCAAUUUUUGAACUUGAUUUGGCAACAGAUGUUAAACAAAACAACCUGAUUAAAUUUAUAUGUGGUUUGAAAGAUAUUGAUAUCAUCCCAGGAUCAAAGUUACUCCUUUUGCUUAUCAUGCCAAAUAUGCAUAAAGCCCUUUUAAAUAAGAAUAUUAACAGUUUAAACAUUCAAAUAAAGCUACUCAGUGCAGCUUAUAAUCUUGGAGAACUCAUGCAGUAUAGAGCUCCAAUACUGGCCAUGCUUGCUCAAGUAUUAGAUGUUGUUCGCUGGAAGAUACACACAUUUACUGCACAUUCACCAAUUGCUUUACAAAAUACAAUCACCUUACAGAAAUCACUGAUUGAUACCUACAACAACAUCGUACCUGAUAAUGAAGGUAUGUGGCUAAGAAAUAAACUGAAGAAAUCACAGCCAUUAAAUAUGUAUUAUUAUAGACAUUUGUGGAAUCCGCCAGGUAAUAAUUUUUUGGAAAUUAUCACUGGGAACAAUAUUACAAUCAACAUGGAACAGAUAACAAUAUGUUUAACACAGAUACUUUGUUCCUGCAAUCAAGAAGAGUGGUGUGAAAUAUGGGACAGCUUAUCAGUAUUAGAAGACUUGGAUAAACUGACAGUAUUCCAUGAAGCAAUCUUAGCAAUAUCCGUUGCAGAGAGCACAAAUAGCACUUACAACACAUGGCUGUGUCUACUGUAUUGUUGCAGAAAUUUUAUUUAUAUCAUCAGGUAUAAAUUCUUUAAAGAACCCUUGACAAAUAGUCACGUGUUAGCCGUCGUCACGAAAAUCGCCGCACUACCAGUAGUUAAAAAAGGCAAAAAUGAAGAUAUUGAAACAUUACUGCUGCCUUUGUUCUCAUAUUUAGCUGCGAGGAGGAACGACUACACAUUGGAUCUUAACUCUUGUAACCAUUUAAGGCAGAAAAAUCUUAUUAAUUUAUUGGACAAGAUAUUUGUCCGUACUGCUGUGUAAUAAGUGAAUAAAUCACUUCCAUACAA